UUUUUAAAUAGUUAGACCUUAUUUGCUGAAUGAUCAUAUGUUGAAGGUUAUAGGAACUUGUCACUCUUCUGAGGCAAGUAAGCUUCCGCUCCAUAUUGAAUGAAUAUCAAGGCAGGAUGCCCAAGUCAACGGAGGAUCCAAAGCCUGGUGCGCCUAUAAUCCACGAUAACAUUCCGCUGGCCCUCAAUGAUGUACUCCGGGUAACAAGGGACCCAGAACGAGAAGAUGUGUUCACCGUUUCCAUCAACAAGGCUCCAUGCCACUUUCGCACUUGCAUCGUGUACGCCUUUGUAGCCGGAGAAUGCCCGCACCAUGCAUCAUAUCGAAAAUACAUACUCGACGACAGCACUGCGUCACUGGAAGUGAGCAUUUCUACCAGGAUAUGGAAGAGGACGAUGAUGGCAUCUCUUUACAACCAGGCGACACAGCUGUUAUGCGAGGAAAGCUACAAAAAAAUAUGCGAAAGUAUGAUGCGGCUUCUAUCUGCUUCAAUGGAAUAUGUAGACCCCUCUAGCAUACAGAGGGGCAAUAGCGUUUUUCUACACUGUCGACCCAACUUUUACAUGGAUAAAUUAGGCUUGGAGGCGUCUUCCUUCUUGGUCGACAAAGGUAAAUCACGCCAGAUGGAAAUUGCAUUUGCGGAUCAUUACAUUGAUUGGCACGAGAGCUACAAAAUUGAAAACUAGCCGGCUCUUUUAUAUCGAAUUUUUACUCAAUAGAAAAGUAUGUGUUAAAUAUAGAGAAAAUAUAAAAUA